AUGGAAGCCCCCCCUAUCAAGCAAGAAAGAAGCGGCUCUUCCCACGGCGGAGUCAGCAUUGACUCUAUUUAUUAUUAUGGUAAAUCAGUGUAUCAAGAUGUUAAUAUGAGAUCUUAUUUCGGUUCGAUACGUCCACCUACGAGACUCACCUUUGGCUUUCGUCUCGGUAGGUGUCUUAUUCUACAUUUUCCCAAAAGAACAUUCAUUCAUUUAUUUCUUCCCCGUCGACCACGACGACUGAAACGACGCGAAAAAUCCAGACCCGGAAAGAAAAAGAAGAAGGGGGGCCGGUGGUGGGCAUUUGGGAAAGUCGGGCCGAUCGGGUGUCUUCAUUCAAGCGACGAUACAGAAAAAGAACGAAACGAAGUGAGAGGCCGGGAGACAGGGAAAAGAGCCGAGUCGAUCGGGCUCGACGACCGGGAGAAGAAAAAUGCAAUCUGGAUUUGGCCGAAAAAGAAGCAACGCUAUGGAUACCAUGACCGAUCACCGUCGAUAAAGAUUCUUCUUUCUAAAUCACUUCGGGUCAGCGGGGCCUUCAAGCAUCCGAAAUACGCCGGGGUUGUAAAUGACAUAGCGUUCCUGAUCAAAAAUGACGACUCUUUCAGAAAAACGAAGUUCUUAAAGUUAUUUUUCCAAAAGAAGUUCCGCUCCGACAGCCCGACGAGUCAUCUACUUAAAAGGACCCUCCCUUCAGUGCGCCCUUCCUUGAAUUUGUCGGCCGUGCAAUACUGCUUAUUGAAUACAAAGAAAAAAAUGCAUUUCGACCCCGUCGUAGUUCUCAAUCAUUUUUUGGCAUCGGGCGUGGCUGAACCAUCUACGAUGGGGGGGGCUAAUGCACAGGGAAGAAGCUUAGAUAAGAGAAUACGUUCUCGCAUCGCUUUUUUUGUAGAAAGCUCGACCGGUGAGAAAAAGUCUUUGGCCGAAGCCAAAAAGAGGUUGACCCGCUUAAUUCGCUUGGCGAAUGAUCUUCGCUUCGCGGGAACAACAAAAACCACCAUCUCGCUCUUUCCUUUCUUUGGUGCUACCUUUUUCUUUCCAAGGGGUGGGGUUGGGGUGUAUAAGAACCUUAUUUUUGAGGAUGCCCGGGAACCACUCCUGGGUAAAUUAAGGAAAAAAUGUUGGAACCUCAUGGGUAAGGAUAAGGUAAUGGAAUUGAUAGAUAAAUUCAUAGACCUAGGCGGGGUAGGAGAAUUGAUAAAGGGAAUAGAGAUGAUGCUAGAGAUCAUACUGAGAAACAGAAUAAUUCCAUACGGGUACAACUCUUAUUUGAACGAAGUUAAAAAAAUGCGAUCUUUGUUGUUUAAUAGAACAAAUACUAAUACCUUAAUUGAGUCAGUCAAGAUAAAAUCUGUUUAUCAAAGUGCUUCUCCGAUUGCCCAAGACAUCUCUUUUCAACCGAGAAACAAAACAAGAUCAUUUCGUUCCAUUUUUAGUAAAAUAGUGAAGGAUAUUCCAUUAGUAAUGAAAAAGGGGGUGGAGGGGAUCCGUAUAUGUUGUUCAGGUCGAUUAAAGGGUGCAGAAAUAGCUAGAACUGAAUGCGGAAAGUCUGGAAAAACAUCUCGUAAUGUAUUUAACCAGAAAAUAGAUUAUGCUCCUGCGGAAGUAUCUACUCGUUACGGAAUCUCAGGUGUCAAAGUGUGGAUUUCAUAUAGUCUACAAAAAAGGGGACGUGCUAUAUCCGAAACGUAGAAAAUAUAGUAAAUAUCGUAAAGGCAGAUGUAGUAGGGGUUGCAAACCGGACGGUACACAACUUGGUUUUGGAAGAUAUGGCACUAAAAGUUGUAGAGCGGGGCGUCUUGCAUAUCGAGCCAUUGAAGCAGCGCGUCGGGCUAUAAUCGGACAAUUCCAUCGUGCUAUGAGCGGAAAAUUCCGAAAAAAAUGGUAAGAUAUGGGUAAGAGUUCUCGCAGAUCUCCCUAUUACCGGGAAACCUACAGAAGUCAGAAUGGGAAGAGGAAAAGGAAAUCCUACGGGUUGGAUUGCUCGUGUGUCCACGGGACAAAUCCUAUUUGAAAUGGAUGGUGUGAGUUUGUCAAAUGCUCGACAAGCCGCUACAUUAGCGGCGCAUAAACCAUGUUCGUCAACCAAGUUUGUUCAGUGGUCGUAAUUAGUUAGUGGGGACAAAACCCACCGAGAGUGGAGCCUGGAACAAAGGGACAGGGGGGAAAUUAAAUUCCUAGCUAGGGUUGAGCGAGAUAUCAGAGAACGCGGCCCCUACUCUAACUAUAUGAUUGAGAUCUUAGGGGAUAACGGGUAAAAACGCUUUGCCUUAUCUAUGAUUCUCCUUCGGACUCUCAUUCUCAUUUGGGUUUUCAUAUUAUGGAUCUUGGUUACCAUAGUACUACGGCCUUCGAGAACAAAUACUGGACCGGGAAUAAAAAAUGGAAAAAGAAAGUAAAGUAUAAUAAUAUGGCACGAAAAGGAAAUAUGAUUAUCCACCGUUAGUCAGUAAUGUGGGUUGGCUUGGAUUACUUAGUGUUGCGCGCCUAGGAGGGCAGCGCGCUUUGGGAUGCGGAGCAGCUAUUAUCGCCCAGCUCCGUCUCCCAUGCUUGGCUUGCCAAGAUCUCUGCUUUCCCGCGUAGUCGUCUGUCGGUCAAACCAACGACUCUCUUCUCACAAAGUAAUAGAUAGAUCCUUUUAUAGUUAGACUUCUAUCAAUGCAAUGAAAGAACCAUCCCUUCCUAUUUGUUUGCCCUGGUCAGAUAGAAAGAAAAUUAUACCCCAAAGAGCCCUUCUUUACCACUUUAGGGGGUGGGGGUGAAGGGGGGGUUUACAUACCAACCGAGGCAAAGUAGUUUAUGAUUGAAUCUCAGAGGCAUUCUUAUCAUUUGGUAGAUCCAAGUCCAUGGCCUAUUUCGGGUUCCCUCGGAGCUUUGGCAACCACCGUAGGAGGUGUGAUGUACAUGCACCCAUUUCAAGGGGGUGCAACACUUCUCAGUUUGGGCCUCAUAUUUCUCCUAUAUACUAUGUUCGUAUGGUGGCGCGAUGUUCUACGUGAAUCCACGUUGGAAGGACAUCAUACCAAAGUCGUACAAUUAGGACCUCGAUAUGGUUUUAUUCUGUUUAUCGUAUCGGAGGUUAUGUUCCUUUUUGCUCUUUUUUGGGCUUCUUCUCAUUCCUCUUUGGCACCUACGGUAGAGAUCGGAGGUAUUUGGCCCCCAAAGGGGAUUGGGGUUUUAGAUCCUCGGGAAAUCCCUUUUCUUAAUACCCUUAUUCUCCCUUCAUCCGGAGCUGCCGUAACUUGGGCUCAUCAUGCUAUACUCGCGGGGAAGGAAAAGCGAGCUGUUUACGCUUUAGUAGCUACCGUUUCACUGGCUCUAGUAUUCACGGGCUUUCAAGGAAUGGAAUAUUAUCAAGCACCCUCCACUAUUUCGGAUAGUAUUUAUGGUUCUACCUUUUUCUUAGCAACGGGCUUUCAUGGGUUUCAUGUGAUUAUAGGUACUCUUUUCUUGAUCGUAUGUGGUAUUCGCCAAUAUCUUGGUCAUCUGACCAAGGAGCAUCACGUUGGCUUUGAAGCAGCUGCAUGGUACUGGCAUUUUGUAGACGUGGUUCGGCUAUUCCCAUUUGUCUCUAUCUAUUGGUGGGGAGGUAUAUGAAGAAACGGAAACAAUAGAUUAAAGGAAGCUCGAAGACAAAGAGAAGAGAGAGGGCUUUUACAAAGAAUUACUGCAGCUUUCCCGCUCCCCUUUUAUAGUAGCUUCCAAGAAAUGAGAUAUCGCCGCAAAUUCAUUGGUUUUUGCUAUAACGGACUUAAAAAAGGUCUUCCGGGUUGUCCUGAAAAUCCGGUGCCGAAACAAUUUUGGUCGAGACUGCGAUAGUAAAAAAAAAGUGUUUUGGUUCUCUUUUAAUCGUAAUCAAAGAUGUUUUCUUGUCUCUCCUUUCUUUUCUGAACAAAUCGAAGAACCUAAUGGAUCGAACUCCUCCCUGUAAACUACUUAUUUAGAAUGAAGGGUGCCUAAUGGUAGACCUAGAUAUAAAAGUAAUGAAGUAGUAGAGAAAAAGCAUUCGAUCAAUCAAAGUCUGCUUACGAGAUGAAGCAUUCCAGUUGUUAUUUUAUUCCCGAGUUAGAGCUUGUUGUUGCUUUUUUAUUCGUUUUCUCUUUUCUUCAAUGAACGGAAGACCUUUCUUCGUAUGGUACCUAUGACCGAGCUAUUCCUGCUCUUUCUUUGCUGAAGAAAGAAAGCUAACGAUUGGAAGCCGUAAGCGCGGACACGCUACCUGUGUGGUUAAGCAUAUAGCUAGCGUUCCUUCUGAGCCACUUUUGCGAGAAAUUGUGGGCACGAGGAAACUCCUUACCUCCGCCAGCGACUUGGGGGUUGACCAUUCCCGGACAGACUUCGUCUUCUCAGGACCUAUCUUGACUCCGGAUGAGCCGAUGAUGUGCCCCAAGUAUACCAGCUCCCUCCUCCCUUUUUGCUCAUAAGUAAGCUCUUCUCCGUAUGGGCUUUCAGCUAGUGCUCACGCAGAGCUUCUAGAACAGCCUCUACGUGUUUCAGAUGCUCCUCCCAGGUCUUGCUAUAAACCAGAUGUCGUCGUCGUAGACCGUGACGAAUUCAUCCAAUCUAAAUAAGGCCUAAGAACAUCGUUCAUCAGCCGCAUAAAGGUUGCAGGUGCGUUGGCCUUACCGUAAUAGGGCCGAAUGGCAUGACGACCCAUUCAUAUAACUCUUGCCUUGUCUUUAACGCGGUCUUCCAACGCCUUCCACCACUUGCACUUGGUGGUAUCCCGACUUUAAGUCUAUCUUGGUGAAGUAACGGGCUCCCUUAACUAGUCAAAUGGGAAUCAGACAUCUAUCCUUGGCAAAGGAUAGCGAUUCUUUACUGUGAUCUUGUUAAGGGCGCGAGAAUCCUAAUCCACGCACAUGCGCCACGAGCCUUCUUCGGCACCAAGACCUUUAGAGAGAGGGGCGAGGCACAAGAGGAUGUACUGGGCCAACCAUGACCCUUUUCGAGCAGCUCUUUGCCGCCUAAUCUCCUCAUUGGCCAAUGUCGACGUCCUGUAACACCGUUGUUGGGUAAGACUGCUCCCUGUGUGAGUUCAAUCGAGUGUGCUCCAAGCUGAUACAGGCUUUAAAUAAAAAAAGAAGCUACAGCUAAAUGAAACCAAAGCUUGAAAGCUCAAUUCCUAGCUGCUAGAGCUAAAUCAAAGGCUACUACCUUAGCUGUUCUAGUAGCUCCUUUGAUUUGGCGUAGGGAGGGUGGAAGCUCUAUAGGACAAUAGCUUUGGGCUAUUUGGAAGCUAUGCUAUAUAGGAAGAGAUAGCAGCGGCUGGCUACUAGCUUUGCUUUUGCUAUUAGCUCGUGCUAGUACUUUAGGAGAGGAGCAACUAUCUUGCUUAGGGAGGUAUUUAAUAUCAAAGAAUUGCGGAUCCUAGAUAGCUUAGUAGCUUAGGAGCGGAGCAAUUCAAUAACUUUAGGAGCCCUAAAAAAAAUGAGCAUAGCUCUUGCUAGUAGUCAGCUUUAGGAGCCAUUUUCAAGCUGUAGAAUAGCAAAAUAGCCUUGCUUUAGUAGCUGUACAACCAAGCAGGCAAAGCUAGUAAGGCCCGCGCAAUUACCUUGCAGAACUCUCCUUGCUGCUAGAGCGAGCGCAAGAAAUGACUUGCGCGAGCAAGUAUGAUAUAAAUUGCACUCGCUCAAGCUAAAAGAGUUUUAGAGCAACAUUUGCGAAGGAUUAAUAAAUGGACUGCUUUAUUGUACCGGUAAGCCCUGCUUAUCAAUGCAAUAGUUUCGGAGCAAGCUAUGUGGUUCUACACCAAAUAAAUGGCUCCUAAAGCGAAGCAGCUACUAGAAAGAAAGUAGUCGCCGCUAAGCAAAGCUAUUCUAUUUUUGUUGAAGGCUCCUAAAGCUAUGGAACCUAAGCUCAUAGUAAGAGCCGCAGCAAGCUAGUAGCCGCUCGCUAUGUUAUUCGAUGUUAAGGCAAGCUAUUGUGAAUUGUUCCUAACCAAAGAAAGGAGAGAUAUAGAUUACGUUCAUCUCAUAAGUUCCUUUUCACUCCUAAAUGAAAGCAAAACUAAACGAUAAAUUCAGAACUCCUAGCGCAAAAGAGUAGCCGCUGCGAUGCCUAUGCUAUUUGAUUUCCUAUAUAGCUUGGGGCCACGCGCAAGCUCCUAUCGCAAAGUAAGUAGCCUUCUUUUUGUUUCUAUAGCUUCAAAGCCGCCCCCUACCCUAUGAUAAAUAAAAGGAACUCCAGGGUUUACGGGUACUCAAUUUCGGCUUAUAGAGCUUAUUUUUCGCCCUAUGCUAAAGCAAAGCCCUAUCCCGCCUAUGCGCCUAUGCCUCAAGUAAAUAAAUAAGCUAAUAGCAACCGCGCGUUGUAGCAGCAAAGAGGAAGGAAUUUUCUGCUGCUAAAAGAAGAUAAGGAGGUUUCCAAUACCAAAGGAGUGAACUUCACUAGAAAGGCUAAAGGCUAUAGAAGUACAUCACCAGUUUCUAAAAAAUGAAAGAAAUGAAAAAGGUGAAUCAUAGUAUAUAUAACGCCCGGUUACUCCCAUCUCCUCUUACUUACGCAUUUCCAAUCAAAUCAUGAUCCCAUCUCGAUCAAUUUCGCAUUGAUCAAGGCGGGCAUUUCCAUCCAUUUCUAUAGAGUAAGGGGGCAGCUCGCGGAGCUUUCUCUCCUAGUUAAAAGGAGAAAGGGCUUUUUCUAGAGCGGGAGGUGAGUAAGGGGGGGUUGUUGGCUAGCUCGUGCAAUCAACGAAAAAAAACUUCGCGUUAGUAAGCUAGCUUUGUAAGCCAAGCAAGCCUGGUUCUCCGGGCACUACGGUAGGACGUGGAUCGAUCAUGACGAGAAUGGACUUCUUCGUAAUAUAAUAGAAGAGUCACAGUCCAGUUCCCCGGGCUUCUCCCUUCUCGACCAGACGAGGGAGAUAUUCAUUCCAUUCAGGCGGGUAAGGGCUUGUGUGUUCCCCCCUGGUCGGGUCGCAGGCGAAAACUUGCAAAGUUCAUCAUUCAGCGGUGGGGUGUUCAUAGAAAAGAAGGCGUCGCCCAACGAAUGGCAGAUUUGGGUGGGGAGUCUCGCUCUAUAGAUAGAGGAAGAGUACGCGCGCUAGCGCGCUACGGCUUACGCAGUUGAUCGGAUCAGAUAGCCCUUCGGGCAACCAACCAAACCCGGCGCAUAAAAUUCCAUUCCGAUCAACAACUUGGAGGUAUGGCUGAGUGGCUUAAGGCAUUGGUUUGCUAAAUCGACAUACAAGAAGAUUGUAUCAUGGGUUCGAAUCCCAUUUCCUCCGGCACGGAAGUGAAACGGGCGGGCGAAAUUACGUGAGAGAAAGAACCUCUUGGUGGAGUCCAGUCCCUGGACGGCUCUCGGUUAUUGAGCAUGGUUGGGGGAUUAGGCGGCAAAGAGCUGCUCGAAAGCUUGACGAACAAGCGAAAAAGCCUAUCAAUUCUUUUAUUUUUAGUUUAGGGUUUUUCCCUUACUAGUCAAGUGGUAAGGUAGGGCGCUAUUCGAUGAAGAAAACAUACUUUAGUCAAGUGGUAAGGUAGUUUAGCUGGUUAGAGCAAAGGA